GCUGGUGGCCGAUGCGCGUUCUUCGGCACGCCACGUGAAUGUAUAGACUUCUUCGAGCAGUGCGGUCAUCCUUGUCCUCAUAACUACAAUCCUGCCGAUCUGAUUAUUCAUACUCUGGCGGUUGCCCCACAUGAAGAAGAAGCUUGUCGCACGCGAAUCACUACCAUAUGUGACCGUUUUGAGAGCGGACCCUACGGAAUGGCGCUAAAUGCUGACCUCGACAAAGUGACAGCCGCCCCAGUACCACCUGGACGUCGAAGAGUUAAUUUUGGUAUCCAAGUUGCCGCUCUUCUCCAUAGGUACUUUUUGGAUAACCUGAGGAAUCCUACACUGGCCAGGGCGAAGUUCCUGCAAAAGUUCGUGAUGGGCCUUUUCGUUGGACUUCUGUACCUUCGGACUCCCUUGACAUAUAUCGGUAUUGGCAACAUCAACGGAGCACUGUUCUACCUCGUUUGCGAAUUAACGUACGCUUCUUUGUUCGGAAUUCUUACUUGCAUUCCGGGUGAUUACCCACUGGUGGUAAGAGAAUACCACGAUGGGAUAUACUACGUGAUGAGCUACUUCAUAGCACGUACGCUCUCGUACCUGCCCUUGUUCAGUCUCGAUGGUCUUUUGAUGAUUUAUGUUUGCUACUGGAUGGUCGGUUUCUCCAGCUCUGUCGUACAGGUACUGAAAAGCUGCCCUCUUCUUUUUUUGUCUUUAUAG